AGAAGCAGCGGGGAGGCUCGCAGGCAGCGCCGCCGCGCCUCCCGAACCCCCAGUGCCCGGGCAGGGUACAGCAGCAUGGCAGCCCCCCUUCUCCUCCGCUCCCCAUGCUAGACUGGGGGAGGCCCCCCCCCCACGGAGACCCCAGGCAGGCAGGCACGCCCCCAGGGCAGAGAAGGGAGCCAUCGCCGCCGCGAUCGCCGAGGUGACUAUCUCGGUGGGGCCACACUGACCAUGCUCAGCAGCUUCUGUCUUCAACUCAUGUCCUUGCUUUGGAUCCUAGUGGCCCAUCACCAUUUUGCCCAAGGUGAUGACUGCAAUGACCACUGUAACUUGGCCCAUGGCAGCUGUGAAGACAACGGCAAAUGCAGAUGUGACCCAGGUUGGGAAGGGAAAUAUUGUGAACAGUGUGUGAGGAUGCUGGGCUGUACCCAUGGAACAUGCCAUCAACCUUGGCAAUGCAUCUGCCAAAGUGGGUGGGCUGGCAAGUUCUGUGACAAAGAUGUGCAUAUCUGUGAGCACCAGACCCCCUGCCAGAAUGGAGCCCAGUGUGUUUAUGACCGAGAUGGGGAAUAUUCCUGCCUGUGCCUUGAAGGAUUCCAUGGAAAGGACUGUGAGCUGAAGACAGGGCCAUGUGAAAAGGCAGGGUUUCCAUGCAAGAAUGGUGGACUGUGCCAGGAUAGAAAUGGCUUUGCCAGCAACUACACUUGCAAGUGCCUGGCAGGAUUCAUUGGUUCACAUUGUGAGAUUGAUGUCGACGACUGCCUGAUGCGUCCCUGUGCCAAUGGUGCCACUUGUCUUGAUGGCAUCAACCGCUUCUCCUGCCAGUGCCAGGCAGGCUUUGAAGGACGUUUCUGCACCAUCAACAUGGAUGAUUGUGCCAGCCAGCCAUGCAGAAAUGGGGCAAAGUGUUAUGAUCGCAUCAAUGAUUUUGAUUGCUUAUGUCCUGAUGGAUUUGUUGGCAAAUCCUGUGAGCUCCCUGCUCCAGAUCCAACUUGGGUCACCACAUUUCAGCCUGAUCUUAAUGGCGUUGUGAAAAGCACAACCAGCAGUGACCUUUGGACAACUCAAUCUGAGCCAGUUAGGAUUGUGGUUACUGGGAAACUGCUCACUGACAACAGUGAGAAACCAAACGGGGGAGGGCUGCUAAUCUCUGUGAAAGAGGUGGUGACACAGCAGGACUCGGGGCUGAGUCAGUCACAGCUGAUUUUAGUGCUGGUGUUUGGUCUGCUCACAUUCAUGCUGGUCUUGGUGACUGUUUUGUUGCUGCUGAAGAAUUGGCAGAGGGGGCGCCGGAGGUGCCAAAGCCCCACUUACUCUGCACGGAAACUUCAGGACCAAGAGUGUCAAGUGGGAAUGUUAAGUACAGUCUUGAUAGAACCCAGGAAAACAACAGAGCUGUAGGAACCCAGAGUUGGACCCUGGCCCAUCGACAUACACCCUGGCCCAUCUACAUACAUCCCAUGUCCUGGAGCAGUUCUGGCUGCGUAUCUCCAAAGUACUGAAGGGCUCCAGUAGAACUUAAGUUCGUGAAACAGCAGAAAGGAGGAUUCCUACAAGGUAGCAAAUCCUUGUUUGAAAGCAAGAGUCCUUGAAAGUGGGCAGCUUAAGGCCCUGGCGUGGGGACACCAGCUUACCAAGAGAGCCAAAGGAGAUGCUGGGUUACAAUCACUUGGUGUUGGAAAGAGCAAGAUGGAUGUGGUUCCAUCCCACAUGCACAAAAGAGAGAAAUGAGGCCAAGCACACCAGAGCAGGUUGUAGGAGCCAAAAUUCGGUUAGACCCUUGGACAUCUGGUAACUCUUGGUCUGUGACAUUGGAAGUGUUGUAUGGCCUAUCUUUUUACACAAGGGGGCUUAGAGACUGCUCUGUGUAUGCCGCACUGCUAGAACUCUGGCCAGAUAAUCUGGGAUUCCCAUUCUCAGCAGAGGUCUGCAGUCCGUUUCAAACACCAUGAGGUCACCUGAGGGGCUUGUGGUGCCAUGAGCUGAUUUGCUGACUGCACUGAUUGUCCAGGCUCGUAUCUUGCCCAUUCUACCCUGUACUGUGUCCUUUCCCCAUGUGGUUACAAAUGUUUGGUACUUCUACGACUUACGACAUGUCUUACCACUGCCCUCUAUCAAACCAUCUCAGCAGGUUUGUUAGUGAUUUCACACCAUGCUACUUCAUUAUGCCAAUGCUUCAGUCUCUCAGCUGUGGUGUCAGGGAGGGGCAAAAGUACACACAAAGCCAGUAUAUCCUCUGUCUAUCCCAACUGACCUCGUCUUCCCAAUUGCCAGAAUUGAAACAUGUGCAUGCAGCUGGAAAUUGUGGCCUGAUUUAUUCAAUAAUAAUCCCAUUUCCAAGGCUUUUCUUCUGCUCUGAGAAUAUCAGUAUGGAAGAGACUUAGACAAAAGCAUGAUGACACUUUCAAUACCACCUGAAGAAUUUUGGUUUCCACAAACAAAAGCAAGAUUCAGGCUAACUCUAGCUCCUGUGGCAGCUUUUAUGGAGACAGAAUAAUGUACAGCUAUGUCAAGUUGUGGAGAAGAAAUGUAUUUUCAAGGGGUGUGACAAGCACCAUGAACCCCCGCCCCCCAUCUUCCACCUUUUUUGUGUUGAUGCUUGUUUGCAGCCAUUGUUUUCCUCCAUCCGCUGCCGCUUUUUCUUCACUGUAUGGUAGUGAAUGUGAUGUCACAGAAUGAAUCAGAUUAGUUACAUGGUGAUGGCAGUGAUGGUAAAGGAAACCACAUUGCCCUCAGUGUGAAGCCCCAGUCCAGCUGAGUCAGCCUGCACGUUCAGCUGCAACACUCAUCUAAUUCAGAACCCUAUUUCCCUCUGUGUAUAUAUUUCUACCCAGUUUGACUACCUCACAGGGCACUUCGAUGGAAAGGUUUUUCUGGAAUGAAUAGAGCUGGCUUUGGGGCUUCAGCAUGAGGGCAACACAACUUUAUUGCCAUGGCACAGCCAAUCAGGGAGUGUUGGGCCUUAUUGUCAAGGCAGUGGGGGCAAAUUCCCUCUCCCCAUGACCUGUUUUGCUCCCUUUUGAGACCCUAGUCUGAAAGAUCAGAGGGGAAAAAGGAGGCUGCUUUCUGAGUGGUGUGAAAAUAUAUAUGAAAUUCCCUCCUCGUAUUUGAACUGAACUCUAAAAAGAUUACCUUGCUUUCAAAUCAGCCAUUAUAUCAUAAUGAAGCACAUUUUAGUCCCGAGUGGCAGUUGAGGGGAGGCCAUUUGUGUGGCAAGUAUAACCCAUUCUGUAGCCUUUGUUCUACUUCAGAAUGCUCAUUCUCCAUGCUGCAAACAGACCUCUCAGAAUAGGCUCUGGUUUGGGCCUCGUGUGUGGCAUUUUCUUAUUCACUAGCACCCUCUUCCCCUCCCUGUAUUAGAACUAUACAAGCCCCCCAUUUCAAUGGCCAAGGAACUACCAGAAAUGUGUUUGGAAAUAGGAGAUAAGCAAAAAAAGGAGAGGGGAAGAAGGGGGUCGGGUGGGAUGGAAAUUUGACCAGAAAGAUUAUUUUUGUAAUACACAGUUGAUGAAUGAUGCAACUUUAUAAAAUAAAAACCAAAAGACUAGAACUACUGCCUUUCUGCCCCCUCCUCUAGACUUUAACCCACCUAACUUCUAAAUAGAGAGAAAUAAAGAGGUGUUGCCUUAGUUCCAGAUUUGGGGAUAAUGAUUUGCCAUUUUGAUUGUCUCAAAGAUACUGAUAGAAUCUCUCAAAGUGCUAUACAAUGCUGCAACUGGAAAGUUGACUCACUCCAUGGCUAAGUCAGGGGUGGUGGUGGUGGUAUUAACUUGCACUUCUCUUGACCAAACCCAGCGCAGUAGACUUUGCAACUUAUGAUGACGAGUGCAAUGAGAAAACAGCACCAUCACAAAUAGAAAGCAAGAACAUCUGCCUUAUGCUCAUCUGUUCGAAGCUUUGUUCAGAGAUGAGAAGCUUUCCAGUUCUAUCAGAUUAGUCCUACAGCAGCACCUGCAUUCUUUCUUCUCCAAGUGUCAGGCUCAGAAUGCAUACAUAUAUACAUGAUAACUACUUCUGCCUCAAGGGCUACCAGUGGUGGAUUCUCUGGCUUAAGUGGGACCCAAGUAGUACUGAAAGAUCUUACGAUCCAGUCUGUUUCUCAGCUCUUGCUGUCUAAGGGGAAGAAUUGCAUGUGGAGGAACAUAAUGUCUUAGGCAUUACUUACAUGGGACCAUAUUACAGGAAUUAAGUAGAACCAGGAAGAAAAAUAUAUACUGUAUUGUACUUUUUUUUUUGUAUUGUGCUCUUUUUGAGUGGAUUCCACUCUCUUCUGUCUGUCACAGAAA